AUCUCAUAAUACUAUGCUGGGGUGAGAGGUAAAAACAUUCAUCUGCCGUUGUAAGAUCAUCUAAUUACUAAUUGCCAUAUAAACAAAGUUGCUGUGAAGGUACAGGCAGUCGGCAGACAGUCCAUAUAUGCAAGCAAAAAUAUCUUUCAGCAAGCCACAGCUCCGUACUUAAUUAGCUGGUUUUAUACAAAAAGAUCCUGGCAUCAACUUCCUUGUGUUUGUUAAUCGUUCUACACUUAGUUGGAGCAUAUUCCCUAAGCUGUGACACCUACAUUCAUUCUUCUCGCAGUUUCUUUUGGUUUUCAAUGAAAAGCAUCUUGCUGCCAGUAGCUCAUUUGAUUCAUAUAAAUGAAAGGCCAAACAACCUUUUUAGGGACUAUGCCUAUGCCACACAAUUCAGCGGCAAGUCCUUCUGAUUCUCUUCAGUUGUAAUGGUAGUUAGUUUGUCUGGCAGAACAAUAUAUUUGGUAAAACUGAUACACUUUUUUUUUACUAAAUAUGACCCAUAAGACAUGGUAGCCAAUACACACACUUUUUGGAAUUUCCAUAGUAAUUUUACUCUUCGGAAAUAUACCUGUCAUAACUCAUAACCAAACUCUGCUGCUGUUAAUUUUCUUACAAGGAACUCUGACCUAAUUGCACAAUGUCAUGUAUCCUGUCUAAUGUUGAUCUGGCGGAAAAUCAACGCGGCUCUCAAAAAGACCAAACAGUUGAUGAUGCGUGUAUUCAUAUCAUUUACAGUGACCUUCCCACCUUCCACUCUUCCAGUGGUAUAGGGAGAUGUGACGGAUCCCUCCUCACGUACGCCACCGAUCUAAACCUGAUUAGACUGGUUAGACGACUUGCCAAACAGGUGAAUGUGCAACGGUUAUCAUGGCCAUGGGACCUAGCCUGAUCAGUCUUUUUUACUGCACGGAAUAGUGCGCGUGACCCUACCCAUGCAUCUUUUUCAGUGCACAACAACAAACACCGGGCGUGCUAGCCCCCUUCUUAUACCCACACCCCUCCACUGAACCUCCCUGCAAAACACGCGCACAGUUUCGCACAAAGGCACUAACAAGGUUACAGCCCGGGCUUUUCUGUGUUCGAAAGCCAAGCCGGAGAUGUUCCGUCAUUCCACCACACCCUCGUUGGUGCCUUCGUACGGCGACGCCUUCAUGGCAGCCAGCUUCUCCUCCGUUCCGACGCAGAUCCCGCGCUCAGCCGCCGGGGGAUACGGUGGAUACCUUGAGGGCGGCAAUGCUAGUAGCGCAUUCCCUCCCUUCGCAGGCGCCUCGUCUCCGCCAUCCUACUCAUCGCUCCCAUCAUCAUACUACAACAAUAUCCACAGGAGCAUCAGCUCGCACUCGCUCCCGCUCCAGCUCCACCAGCUCGGCGACGCCCUGAACGGCGGUGGCGGUGGUGCAUUCUUCUCGUCAUCGUCACUAUCGCCACACCAGCUGUCGUCGCUCCCUCCGCUCUCCUCUUCUCCGUCCUCCUCCUGCGGCGACCUGUACGAGUUCACCUCGGCAUGCCCCGUUCGCCGGGUCUUCAGCACAGGUGAUCUCCAGCAGGGGAUGAAUGGAUCAUCGCCGGUGCAGUCAGGCGACAGCUGCGGCCAAGACGCCGGGGGCGGGCCGUUCUCACAGAAGGUGGGGCGAUACAGCGCGGAGGAGAGGAAAGAGAGGGUCGAAAGAUACCGCUUGAAGCGCCACCAGAGGAAUUUCACCAAGAAGAUCACCUACGCGUGCAGGAAGUCGCUGGCGGACAGCCGGCCGAGGGUGAAGGGCCGGUUCGCGAGGAAUGGCGAGACGGAGGCGGACAACUACGACGAGCGGGAGGCGUCUGACAACAGCUACGACUACUGCGGGUACAGCGAGCCCAGCAACCAGAGCACCGGGAACAGCUGCUACCACGUCAAGGAUACGGCGCUGGUAGGCGGCGGCGACAAUGGCGAUUGGUGGUGGCCUGCGCCGGGAGCGACCACCGUGGAGGCGGAGGGGCAGCGGCAGGUCGGCUUCGACGUCGUCGACGAGGAGAUUUGGGCAACCCUCGGAGACAUGCUGUCCGUGAACCUGGCGUCGUAGGCGCCACUGGUCAGCGUGAUGGGCGACAUGAUGGGUCGAGGCGUGAGUGGCCGGUAGGGUCCGGCGCACACUAGUAGCUGGCUCGAUCAGGGGUGGCGGCCGCCGUGUGCGCGGCACAGUGCAGCGAUCGGUCGAGGAUGGAGGUCAGAGUGGCGCCCCGUUGACCUUGUCCCCCUAGGUUUGUAUUAUUGUAACUUUUUAGCCAGAAACACAUCAUGAGAGUUGGAGAAACAAAAAAGAGAGAUCAGAGUGAGAAAGAAAGUGAUGGCCUUCUCGUGUUAGCAGAUUUGAGAGAACAGCAACUUGUAUGUUCCGUGAGUUCCUAGUUACUUCCAUCCGUAAAAGCUUAAAAAUCACUUA